AAACUAGUAAAGUGGACUAUGUCCUAUUUCAAGCUGCUACGGCGAUAAUGGAAGCAGUUGUAAGAGAAUGGAUUCUCUUGGAAAAAGCUAGUAUUGAGUCACUGCGAACAUUCCUUCUAACCUAUGUCUUACAAAGGCCUAACCUUCAAAAGUAUGUUCGGGAGCAGAUUUUAUUAGCGGUAGCGGUGAUAGUGAAACGGGGAUCAUUAGACAAAUCAAUUGACUGCAAAAGCAUUUUUCAUGAAGUCAGCCAGCUGAUCAGCAGCGGUAACCCCACUGUG